AUGUUUAAAACACUUACAUUCCUCUUGUGUACGACUCUAAUAUCAGGGACUGAUAAGUGCAGACUCCCGGUACCGCUAACUCCGACUGCCAGCUGUGGUUCCCAACAGACAAUGUUCAACGAAGGCGAGUGUUUGUGCUGUUAUUACGACACGGAAAACAUACCGACGAUCGGUAUUGGCUUCAACUUGGAACGGGGAGAUGCCGCGGAAGUCAUGACUAAGUACAAUUUAACGUUGGAAAACGUAUUAAAAGAUUGUCAAGAUAAAACGACGAACCACUGCCUGACCGACGCGGAUGCUAAAGAUAUUUUCAACGAAACGUAUUCAAAAUCUGAACAGUGCGUCGACAAAUACUCCCCCGGUUUACCGCCAGCAAAACGAGCGGCUAUUAUUGACGUGGCAUUAGCUGGUUGUGCGACACUAAAGCAGUUUGUAAAGAUGCAAGAUGCAUUAAAUAAGCAAGAUUGGAAAACAGCAGCCGACGAAUUGCGAAACUCUAGUUGGUGUGAGCAAGUUGGUAAAAAUCGGUGCGAUUCAAAUUACAAUUGUAUAGCCGGUGGGAAAGGAUGCACUGGCCAGACGUGUGCCACUGGAUCAGAUGUGUCCAGGUGGAUUUAUUAG